GUAUAAAUUGCCCAUCAGAAAAUACCGAGAUUCUAGACGCCCGCAACUCUCACAGCUCCUCUUGACCCCCCUUGUCAUUGCCACAUCUUUCAUCUCCGCCAUGUCCAUGACUACUGACGACUGCACGGUCGUGCGGGAAGGGUUCCCGCGCCCAUUCCCAGACACCCCGUCCAAGGUUCUCGAGCAGUUCCGGCUGCACGGGAAAGUCGUCGUCGUCACUGGUGCCGCCGAUGGAAUUGGCCUAGCAGUGGCAGACGCCAUGGCGGAAGCCGGCGCAAAUGUUGCGCUGUGGUAUAACUCUAACGAUGCUGCCGUUCAAAGAUCGCAAGAGCUGGCGCGGGAAUACAGCAUCAAGGCUCUAGCGUAUAAGGUCGAUGUGUCCGACGCCGCUCAGGUUCAAAAGGCAGUCUCAGAGGUGGUACAUGACUUUCAGAAAAUUGAUGUCUUCAUCGCCAACGCCGGCAUGUCCAUCUCAAAGCCAAUCCUGGAACAGACUCUGGACGAAUACAGAAAACAGAUGUCUGUCAAUGUCGACGGCGUCGUCUUUUGCGCCAAGUAUGCCGGCGAAAUAUUCCGCAGGCAAGGAUUUGGCAACCUAAUCGUCACGUCCAGCAUGAGCGGCCACAUCGUCAAUGUUCCCGUGGACCAGCCUGUAUACAAUGCGACCAAGGCCUACGUUACACACUUUGCCAAGUCUUUGGCUCGCGAAUGGCGGGAUUUCGCUAGGGUCAAUAUCGUGUCGCCUGGAUUCUUCGACACGAAAAUGGGGGCUGGCCCGCUUGCGCUCAACGAGGCGUAUCGCAUGUCGGCGAUGGGAAGGCAGGGCCACGUCAAGGAGAUCAAGGGCUUGUACCUGUACUUGGCGAGCGAUGCUUCGACGUAUAUGACGGGUAGCGAUGUGCUCAUUGAUGGGGGUUAUGUACUGCCGUAG